AUGUCGCCUAGCGAGGCUGAGCGUGACGAAUCCAGCCCGAAGAGGUCGCUAGCGACGCUUCUGACCACGAGGGAGACCCUUCGUUCGGUACGGACGCUGAAGAAGCGUCCAACGUCUUUCCUAGAUGACGACGACGACAAAGGCGCCGAAGGCGACGAUGAGGAGCUGCCGCCGGCUCGAAAGAAGACCAAGAAGACUAAGACGACGCCCGCUUCCCGAGUCGCUAGCGGUUCCCAGCGCCGUCGUCGAGGUACCGUAAGGCCAACGAGCACGGCUGGGUACCGAAAGACGCAGCCCUGCAACCCACCCGAAUUCUACCAGCAGUUCUGUCUAACGUGUGGUAGUUCUGCGGUUUGCGAGAUGGCCUUACACGGCUCGUCUUGUCGUCGGUGCCAAGAGAAGGGAUUGACCUGCGAUGCUGGCGGACGAGUUCCCGCCUUCCGAGGCCCCAACGCUCGUCAGGCCAAACAAGCUUGGACGACUGUGGCGACGCGACGCAACCCCGAUUGGUUCCUCAAGGACCCUCCUAGGAACUUCACGCCCGCUCCUUGGAAGGCGAUCGACGUAAAGACGAUCGGCGAGCGCUACGGCUCGCGCGGUAACAAGAGAGCUGUCCUGGAUCCUUUGCGCACAAGUCGCAGUGCGGUUGAAGCGGCGCUCCCUCGAGCUGAGCUAGACGCGUCGGACGGUCGCCUCGCCAUGGCGUUUUACGAGUAUGUCCUCGUGUGUUACGACGAGUUGGUUACCAACCCUGCGAAGCUUCGAACGCAAGCUCAGAGGGGCAAGAAGCGAGGUUCGGGCGGCCGAAGGAGGGGUGGUCGCGGAGCAGCGGUUGGCGACGACGGUGCCGGAACCGACUACGACGACUAUCUCUCUUCGCACGACUACCAUGACGGUCUGACUUCUGUCGACGAGUCUUCCGACAACGACGACGACGAGGAGGCGGCUGUUGCUCAGGAAGUGGCCGGUGGGACGCAGGGCAAGAGCGCUACCAAGACGAGCAGCCGUAAGCGUAAGAGAACGGCGUUCUCCAACACUCGCUCUUCUGAGGCAGGGCCUUCCGGCUCAACUGGUCGUGGUAACCGUGGCGCUUCCCCAACUACCGGUGAGGCGGCGACUACCAGCGGUGGAGGAGAUAAGGAGGCCGAAGUGGUGAUUCCGGCACACUUAGUGGGACCGGAGGAUAUGACGGGGGGCCCCGAAGCUGGGUCCGCCGGAGGUGGUAACGGUGAUAACACGGCCGGCGCCAGCUCUUCCCAGCGGGAGACUCGAGCUGCGCGUCGUGCUCGCGACGCGCUCGGAGUGGUGCUCCAGGCACCUGAAAGCCACUUCGCACCCACUGAGUAG